CGAUAUAACUUGUCAAAGAUAUAUGUAAUAGACAAUUUUGUGGAGUUACGAUGUCACUAAAAAUAUAGCGGUAGUCAAGAAGCACGUCUAUUUAUUUCUCCCUAUUUGACGAUAGUUUAGUGGCGUACGAGUUCGGGAUAUUUAAAAAAAAAUAAAUAAAUAAAAGUGAAAAUGGCGUGCGGAAAAUUAAACGAGUUUGACAUUAAUUCCGGUAACUGGACAUUAUACGUGGAAAGGUUAGAAAUGUAUUUAAAAGUGAACAAAGUGGAAAAGGACUUAUGGCUGCCUACUUUAAUUACCGCGAUCGGUGACCAAGCAUAUGAAUUGCUUAGCAGUUUGGCGAGUCCGUUAAAACCAGCGCAAUUAACGUAUGAUGCGGCGGUUGCAUUAUUACAUAAUCAUUUGCAACCUCGGCCGUCCGUAAUGGCGGAACGUUAUCGCUUCCGACAAAGAAGACAAAGGAACGAUGAAUCUGUGGCGCAGUACGUAACAGAAUUGAAAAAAUUGUCAAAAUAUUGUGAAUUUACAAAUAAUCUAGAAGAAAAUUUGCGUGAUCAAUUAGUGUGUGGAUUACGGAGUGACGUCACAAGGCAGAGGUUAUUCGCUGAGGAUAAUUUAAAUUAUAACGGCGCGUUGAAGUUGGCAUGUGCCCUAGAAGCAGCUGAACGGGAUGCUGCGGUGGUGGAGGGCUCGAAGGUAGCCUCUGUAGAAGGGGUUCACGUGAUGAUGGGCCAUGGAUCAAAGGAGCCUGAAACAAGGCAAAGUGGGCCGAAGCAGCAUGGACCUAGGCACCCUGUCCCAAGUGAGUGGACACGGGAGGUGGACAAAAACUGUUCGACGUGCGGGAAGGCAGGCCAUAAUAACAAGGUUUGCCGCUAUAAAGGUUUUACAUGUCGGAUAUGUAAGAAAAAAGGACAUCUGCAACGGGUUUGUCCGAGGUCUGGAAGCCCUAGAAGAGGAAAGAAAGUCAAUCAUGUGGCUGCUUCUGAUCGAUCGGACGGUGAUAGCAGUUCGGAAGACAUGGAAGAGGAGUUGCAUCAACUCAGCCUAAAUAGUUAUAAGCCGAUAUGAUCAACUGUUCAGUGGCGGGCUGGGGUGCUUCACGGGCGGCAAGGCUCAGUUGCGAGUGCGGGAUGGAGCGACCCCAGUGUUCUGUCGCGCGAGGCCGUUACCUUACGCGCUGAAGGGUCAAGUGGAGGCGGAAUUAGAUAAAAUGCUGCGAGACGGCAUCAUUGAACCGGUGAACAGUUCGGACUGGGCAACUCCGUUAGUACCGGUACGUAAAAGUGAUGGAGGAUUACGUUUAUGCGCGGAUUAU